CCAUGUCGAAGAGGCAAAGCGUGAUUGCCACACUUGCCUGCCAAGGCGUGCGAAGGGGAAACUGCUUCCUUUCAUGGCAGUGAGAGAAAGAGUAAGAAACCACGAGAGGCAAUUCCAAAUCAGGGCUGGCUUUUCGAUUUGGUUAACGUGGGAUUAGGCUGCGUAAUGGUUGUUGCGUCUUCUUUCCUUCUUCCCCAUCAGCACAAGGGGAGAGGCGGAGCCCAACAAGCAAAUGACUUCAUGGAUGGAUGGAGAACGUUGCUUGUAUGUUUGACGGGAACAGAUCGCCGAGGUAUAACUGCGCUUCCACUCCAUUGUGCUUAAAUGUAUGUGGUGGUGCUCCUCUUGGAUGCGUCAUAGGUGUGUUUUGGGAGCGUUUCACUGGUUGGGGGGGGAGGCACUAACUUUGGCAAAACUGGGUUCCCUCUGGUCAUCAGCUUCCCCCCUCCCCGUCUGCUCUUCUUUUUGCCUCUGUCUCCUGUCCUAGGUUUUGGAUUCCACAACUGCAAAGUUCCUGUUGCGAUAACACGACAAGCGACCGGCGAAGGAAGAUUGUACUCGCAUCCUCUCUUUUGCGAGGUGGAAGAUGAGAUCUUGAAGACGAGAAGAGAAGUAGAUAAAAAAGAAAAAAAAUUCGAUCUUGACGUGUUCUGUCUGCUGCAGUUUGAGUACCGGUUGAAGGCUAUUUCUAGUUUUCUACUUCUCGAGGAAGAGCAAGAAACCGGAGGAGGAAGAUUGAACCCGCAUCCUUGAAAGAAGAUAUCUUGAACGCAAGUAAGAGAAAAGAAUUCCAUCUUGAGGGGUUCUGUCUGCUGCUUCUCGAGGAGGAGCCAGACACCGGAGAAGGAUGAUCGAACCCUCCUCCUCUCUUUUGCGAGGAGUUGAGGUCGAGAAAGUGCAGAGGAGGGAGGGGAGGAGGGCAAAGCCGACGAUGUGGAAUCUAAACGACUCGCCGGAUCAGAUGAAGGACGCAGCUACUGAUGCUGAGGAGGACAACAAAGGAAAAGCGCCGGAGACGGUGUCCACCGACAACGACCGCUGCUGCUACGACAACUCCAGCUCCUCCGCCGUCGAGGCCGACGGAGACUGCAAGAUAUUCGGAUUCACAGUCACCGGCCGCGGCCUCCAACACGUGGAAGGCAGCUGCUCCGCCGACAGCGAACCCGCCGUCAUCACGCGGCAGUUCUUCCCGUUAGACGAAGUCAUGGAAGCAGGCGACGUCGGCGGCGGCGCCGCGGAGAGCUCGUUGCCACCUGCGCACUGGGUCGGCGUCCAGUUCGGGCAGUCACCGCAGCGGAGCGCCACCGCGACAGAGACGGCGGUGGAGGCGUCUCAGCCCGCCAAGAAGAGCCGGCGAGGGCCGCGGUCGAGGAGCUCGCAGUACCGCGGCGUCACAUUCUACCGGAGGACCGGCCGCUGGGAGUCACACAUAUGGGAUUGCGGAAAGCAAGUCUAUUUGGGUGGAUUCGAUACAGCUCAUGCUGCGGCGAGGGCAUACGACCGUGCCGCCAUCAAAUUUCGCGGCGUCGACGCCGACAUCAACUUCAAUAUGGAAGACUACGAGGAGGACAUCAAACAGAUGAACAAUCUCACGAAGGAGGAGUUCGUCCACGUGCUUCGACGCCAGAGCACCGGUUUCCCGAGAGGGAGCUCCAAGUACAGGGGAGUCACACUGCACAAGUGCGGCCGAUGGGAAGCCAGAAUGGGCCAAUUCCUGGGGAAGAACAGAUACGUCUAUUUGGGCCUCUUCGACACGGAAGUGGAAGCUGCAAGGGCUUAUGACAACGCUGCCAUUAAAUGCUAUGGGAAAGAUGCGGUGACCAAUUUCGACCCGAGCAUCUACGUGGAGGAGCUCGAUCCCAGCGAUGGCAAGAAGGAACACAACCUCGACCUGAGCUUGGGAAGGUCUAACUCUGAUAUCGACGAUCCUCGUGGGGUCGAUAAGGGUGUUGGGAUGGACAGCAAGGCAAAGCUGCAGCUUGCGAACAGCAGCGGUGACGGCGGUGGCCACCACCAGCAGCAGCAGCAGCAGCAGCAACGACGACAGAGACAGUGGAACUGGGGUAACGGUAGCAGCGAUAGGCUACGACGCUUCGCAGACAUGGCCACACCUCGAGUGAUGGCCAGUUCGGCUGCAGCAUCAUCAGGAUUCCCUCAACAAACAGCAAGGCCACAUCUGACUUGGCUGUAAGAGAUCUACUCGAGCCCAUUGGUCCAAACUCAAAAAGAGUAAGGUCGAUGCAUCUUUGUUCUUCUCGACUGCAGGGAGUGAAAGUUUUCUUGCUAGUGCUAGUAAAUUUAAGUUGAGUAAGAAAUGGAUGGAUGAACGUUCCAUGACUAGAAAUUAAUAGUUUCGACAUUAAAAAUAAAUCAUCCUAAAUAUUUUCCUUCAUCA